GUGUGUGAGUGUGAAUGCGAGGGAGGCCGGCCCUUAGUGUAACCGGAGCUACAAAGAAGGGAGACAGGGAGAGUCUAGAAGAGGGAGGAGGAGGAGGCGGCGGAGGCGGCGCCGGGGGCAUCUCCAGCACCCUCCCCCUUGGAACGAGCCACAUCAAACCGGCCUCCGCCACCGGGACCCCGGGUCGGCCCCCCCACCCCCUCCCCUCUGCCUGUGCCCACCCGGGAUGAUGAAGAAGAACAAUUCCACGAAGAGGGGGCCCCAGGAUGGAAACCAUCAGUCUGCACUGCCCGAGAAGGUCGGCUGGGUGCGGAAAUUCUGUGGGAAAGGGAUUUUUAGGGAGAUCUGGAAAAACCGCUACGUGGUACUGAAGGGGGACCAGCUCUACAUCUCAGAGAAGGAGAUAAAAGAUGAGAAAAAUGUCCAGGAAGUAUUUGACCUGAGCGACUAUGAGAAAUGCGAGGAGCUUCGGAAAUCCAAGAGCCGGAGCAAGAAGAAUCACAGCAAGUUUACCCUGGCACACUCCAAACAGCCUGGGAACAUGGCACCCAACCUGAUCUUCCUGGCAGUGAGUCCAGAGGAGAAGGAGUCUUGGAUUAACGCCCUCAGUUCUGCCAUCACCCGAGCCAAGAACCGAAUCCUGGAUGAGGUGACUGUCGAAGAGGACAGCUACCUUGCCCAUCCCACCCGUGACAGAGCAAAGAUCCAGCACUCUAGACGGCCCCCAACCAGAGGACACCUAAUGGCUGUGGCCUCCACCUCUACCUCGGAUGGAAUGUUGACCUUGGACCUGAUCCAAGAGGAGGACCCCUCCCCUGAGGAUCCCACUUCUUGUGCUGAGAGCUUCCGUGUUGACCUGGACAAGUCUAUGGCCCAGCUGGCAGAAGGCCGGCGACGGGCAGACUCAGACCGAAUCCAUCACCCCUUGGACCGGGGCCGUAGCUUUCCCCGGUCCUGGGAGAAGCCAGACAAGGGGGCCCCCUAUACUCCCCAGGCCCCCAAGAAGCAGACACCUUCAGAGAAGGGCCGAUGUGCUUCCUUGGAAGAAAUCUUGUCUCAGCGGGAUGCUACCCCAGCCCAUGGCCUGCUAGAGCCUCAGGAUCACUCCACCCCAAUCCCACCUCACCCUGGACAGCUGUCCCGGAUCCAGGACCUGGUAGCAAGGAAACUGGAGAAGACUCAGGAGCUGCUGGCGGAGGUGCAGGGGCUGGGGGAUGGGAAACGAAAGGCCAAGGACCCUCCACGCUCUCCCCCUGACUCUGAGUCAGAACAGCUGCUGCUGGAGACAGAGCGAUUACUUGGGGAGGCAUCAUCCAAUUGGAGCCAGGCAAAGAAAGUACUGCAGGAGGUGAGGGAGCUGAGGGACCUGUACAGACAGAUGGACCUUCAGACCCCAGACUCCCAACUCAGACACACUCCUCAGCACAGCCAGUACCGGAAGAGUCUGAUGUGAAGGGGCAGAGACAAGGGGUCUGGGACAUGCCCGGGGGAAGGAAUGGUCAGACACUGGGAUAGGGGCUGUUUUGUUUUAUUUUGUUUUUUAAUUUACCACAAUCCAAAAAGAAAAGAAAAAAAAACUUCAUGGCUCCUGCUGGUGCCUAAUCCUCCCUUGUUCCCUCCCUUUUUUGAGGGAGAGAUGUUCCCUACUGAAUGGUAAAGAUCUGGACCCAAAGAGGAGAGAA